AUGACACAAGAUGUACUCGAGAAAUACACAGAAUUGUUAGCAAGUAAAUCCCACAAUCUUGUUAACGGAGAUGAAGAAAUAAAGAAACAAUCUCUAUUAACAUCUAAGCACUUAUUCGAUAGAGGCUUACGAGAUGAAGAAAAUAGUUUUAAACAUAUAAACGAUAUACUAGAAACUUUUAAAGUUCCUUCAACUGUUAUAGAAACUCGUCAAAAGAGAAAGAGAGACGAGGAAGCACCUUCAAUGAAGAUUGAACCAACGCCUUUAGAUGAACUCUUCAUCGAUGGCUUCACUAAUGAUCAGAUUUAUCACCAAUUAGACCUUAGAGCGAGCGUUAUAUCUUCUUUAGUUGAGAAGUUAGUCGACGCUUCAGAUGCUACCGACAUACCAGAAGACGACGACGACGACAACGAGAGUGAUGAUAGUAUAAACAAUAAUAUUGAAGACGAAGAGGAUAUCGAUUUGGAUAAUCUCUCACCGGAAGAAAUUCAAGCACUCAAAGACGAAGGUCUUCUCGACGAUGAUGAGGAUGACGAGGAUGACGAGGACGACGAGGAAGAGAACAGUGAAGACGAAGAGAGUGAAUCAGAAGAUGAUGAUGAUCCUACAAUUGGUGAAAUCAGCUAUCAACAACUCAACGACGUUGACGGAAACAGCGAUAGUGAGGACGAUGAGGAUGAUACAACCACCACCAAGCAAAAAGCGCCUAAAAAGGAUGUUUGGGGCUUGGAUGAUGCUUUCUUUUCUAUAGAUGAUUUCAACAAACUCACAGAAGAUCAAGAAAUCAACGAUCGUCUUAGAUCAAGGUCAACAGAUGAUGAUGAUGAAGAUGACGAGGAAGAGGAAGACGUUGAUAUCUUCUCAGCCGAUGCUGCAGCUCAACUUGAGAAUGACGAUGAGAACGCUAAUGAUAUCUACUUCAAUGACUUCUUCGCCCCACCUCGUAAAGGAUGGUCACACAACGGUAAACCAAGUUACUCACUCUCAGAUCCUCAUCCAACUACGAAAGAAAAGAGUAAACAAGACAAGAAGAAGAAAGAGAAAAGAAGGUCAUCUGUUCGUUUUGAUGAUUCCGUAAAGGUACAGAAGAUUAAGAACAAGAGUAGAGGUAGUAUGCGUGAUGAUGAUGACGAAGAAGACGAGGAUGAGGAUGAUGGUGACGAGGUCGUUUUAGACGAAAAUGAUCUUGUUGAUGGUGACAUACUCGAUGAAGAUGCUCUUGGUGAAAGUGUAGGCAAAUUCGACGAUGAGGAGAUGGAAGAAGAAGAAGAAGAAGAGAGUGAAGAAGACAAUGGCGAAGAGGAUGAGGAUGAAGAAGAUCAAGAUGACCAAGCAGUUGGACAGCAAACAAUGGAGAAGUUCAACUCUGAUCUUUUCGCUGAGGAGGAAGAAAAUGAUGAGGAUGCUGAUGAAGCUCCAGCAUCUGCUCACGGUCGCAGAAGAGCAGCACUCGCACGUCAAAUUGCUGACUUGGAAGAUGAAAAUGUCGCUGAUAAGGAAUGGACUCUCAAGGGUGAAGUUACAUCAAAGGCCAGACCAGAAAACAGUCUUCUAGCUGAAGAUCUUGAUUUUGAAACAACAGCUAAAGUAGUGCCGGAGAACACUGAAGAAAAGACACAAAGCCUUGAAGAUUUGAUAAGAAAGCGUAUUAUAGAGGAAAACUUCAAUGACGUUCAAAGGGUUAGCCAAGUGGAUGAUAAACCAUUCCUUCCUUCUAGGUUAUUUGAAUUGAGUGAUCAGCAAUCCUCACAAGGUUUGGGUGAUCUUUAUGCCAACGAGUAUGCAGGAACGUCUCAAAACCCAGACGACAAACUUGCUAAAGAACACAAGGAAAUUGAUGAAAUGUGGAAUCAAUUGUCAAGUAAAUUGGAUGCGCUUUCUAAUGCCCACUUUACACCAAAGGCACCAAAAGCUACAAUUGAAACAGUUUCUAACACUCCAUCAAUUAGUCUUGAAAAUGCCUUACCUACUGCUCAAAACAGCUCUACUGUUGCUGCACCAGAAGAGGUUUAUAGUGCUAACAAAUUUGGUAAUGUCGCUAAAGACGAAAUGACACCAGAGGAGAAACGCGCACAACGUAACAAGAUCCGUAAGAGUCGCGCCAAGGAUAGACAGAAGAUUGCAUCCGUCGUUGAUGAUAAGUCUCGUAAACAGAGAAUGACUGUAGCAGAUGAGAAGAGAGAAGCAUUGAAGAAGUUAACCCAAGGAAAGGGUGUAACUGUCGUUGGUAAAGGCAAAGUUGAUAAUAAGAAGAAAAAAGGAAAUAGUGAAACAGGAAAGAAUGCAGCAGGGUUGAAGUUGUAA